AUGGGUAACACGGAAUUAAAACCUUAAAUUAUUCAUUCAAAUCAAUGGGUAAUGGUUAAACAACUCAAUCAUCCUUUAUAUGGACCAAUUAAAGUAUUUAAGAACUGUUAAGAAAAAUAUUAAUGUUUACGUACAUUUAUGGUGCAGGAGGAUGAAGCAAAGAAAAUGUAUGAUGAAUUCUAAAAGUUGAACUCAGAAUAAGUAUUUUAUAUUCUUAUCAUUCUAGUACAAUUUAGUUAGAAUUAAUAAAAUAGAACAUGAGGUAGAAUCGUAAUUGUGUUCAACAUUUCACAAAAUUCAUUUAACAUUAGAUUAUACAGAAAAACACUUGAAAAAUGUUUAUUAAAUAAAUGUGCAAAAAUUUAGUGUGAACAUUCUAACAACAUUGAGCUAUUUGGAUUCUUGCAAAGCAGACACAUGCUAAUUUUGUCUAUCAAAAUUACUACUGUUUGGAGAUUAAGUGAGAAUCGUCUAUCAACAACUGCUUUCAUAACAAGGGGAUUAUUAGCGUAUAUUAUCUGGAGAUUUGAAGUGUGAAGAUUGGUAUUUCGCACCAGAAGUAAUGAAAUGCUUAAGAAUGAAUGAUUAAAAAACAUUCAAUAAUGAAAAAGCCACUAUAUUUAAUUUUGGAUUAAUUAUGAUUGCAAUAUUCACUGAAGUAACUCCAUACGAAGCAGAAAUUUAUAAUUAUGAGAAAUGUUGUUUGACUGAAAAAUUCGAUAAAUAUAUCAAUUUAUUUACACAAUUUAAUCUAAACAGUAAGAAUUACUUAUAAUUUUUAUAGAAAAAUUAGAAAAGCUAAUCUUAGCCUGUGUUAGUUUUAUUCCUGACAAAAGACCAACUUAUUAAUAGUUAUUGGAUUAAUUUAGUGAUCCAUCAAUAUUUGAACAAUAAGUUGAAGAUUAAUCACCUUCACCUUAGAAAGCUGACUCCACUUAUUUAGUUCCCACUAAUCAAUUGGUAUCAUUCAAUCCAACAGUAAUGGAUGAAAGAGUAUUAUCUGACACAACAAAUAAAAAAUUAAAUGAUAAUCAAAAUAGAAUAUUAAUGAAGAAGAUAGAUUAAGAGAAGCACUAGAACACUCCAAUUUGUUAAUCUCCUAAAUUUAGACAAGAAAGCAUGUAGACUUAAACAACAAUUGGAAAUUUGAGAUCCACUAAAUUAUAUGAUUUGGAUAAAUUAUAAAAGUCAUCCAGAAAUAAAUAAAAUUAAAGCAAAUCUUAAUAAAAAAGUAAUUAUAUUAAGAAAUUUUGA